CUCUACUAGGUCAUGAAAUGUCAGAUUGUUUCGAAAAUGAAUGUCUUACGCAUUGUGUUAUUUCUUGUAAGCGUUAGUUUUGUAUAUAAUGAUGCAAAUGAUAUUAGUGAUAUAACAGAAGAUAAGCGUGUUAUAGCGCUGAUGAAGGAAAGGAAACGGUACCAAAAAGUGCGUUGUUCGCGUCGCUACACGCCAGGGUCUUGUAUGGACCCAGUACGACCCGUAUGGACCUUUGUGGCACCGUUACAGUCGUGCACGGAGCGCCUCGGCUGCCCGUCGGACCUCUUCGCGAACCGCUUCAACUCAUUCGAGGAAUGUACCACCAUGUGCCGCGAGCUCGUCUACCUGUACAUGUACCUGCAGUCAUUGGACAACGAGACCUUCAGGGUACCGGAUGAAGCGCUAGAGACCUCGACGCAACAUGCCAGCGACAUCAUGUAUGACGAGUUUAAGCAAGACCAAGAAGACGAAGAGGAUUUCGCCGGCGAGGCCGUUGAAAAUGUCGAGGCAGACAAGUAAGUUGGA